CUGCAGGGGGUGGGCCACGUGUCCAGCCCUAACGAAACGGUGACCCGCCCCAGGAAACCCGGGAGAGGCCUCAGAGUGGCUGUCCGAGCGCAGAGAGGUGAGGGUGCCCCCAGCCUCACGUGCGGAGGGGCCGUUCCAGGCCCGAACCCGGCACCUUCCGGAAAAUGGCGGCUGCCAGGCCCAGCCUAGGCCGAGUCUUCCCAGGAUCCUCUAUCCUGUUCCUGUGUGACAUGCAGGAGAAAUUUCGCCACAAAAUCGCCUACUUCCCACAGAUCGUCUCAGUGGCUGCCCGCAUGCUCAGGGUGGCCCGGCUGCUGGAGGUACCAGUCAUGCUGACGGAGCAGUACCCACAAGGCCUGGGCCCCACAGUGCCCGAGCUGGGGGCUGAGGGCCUGCAGCCACUGAGCAAGACCUGCUUCAGCAUGGUGCCCGCCCUGCGGCAGGAGCUGGACAGCCGGCCCCAGCUGGAAUCCGUGCUGCUCUGCGGCAUUGAGGCGCAGGCCUGCAUCUUGAACACAACCCUGGACCUCCUGGACCGGGGGCUGCAGGUGCACGUGGUGGUGGAUGCCUGCUCCUCACGCAGCCAGGUGGACCGGCUGGUGGCGCUGGCCCGCAUGCGACAAAGUGGUGCCUUCCUCUCCACCAGCGAAGGUCUCAUUCUGCAGCUUGUGGGUGAUGCCGCCAACCCCAAGUUCAAAGAGAUCCAGAAGCUCAUCAAGGAGCCCGCCCCAGACAGCGGACUGCUGGGCCUUUUCCAAGGCCAGAACCCCCUCCUCCACUGAACUCCAUCUCUGCCUUGAGGGAAGACCACCCUCCUGCCUCCCGGACCUCAGAGGAGGCGCUUUCCCCCAUCCCCGGAUCCCUAGAGUGGUGCGGUCCACCAGGAGUGCCGCCCCCUUGGGAUGGGGGGGGCAGGGUGCUGGCUUCCUAUUGGACAGCUGCUCCCGGAAAUGCAAAUGAGACUCCUGGGAGCUGGGCGGGAAUUGGCUGAGCCGAGAUGGAGGCGGGGCUCGGCCCCGGGCCACUUCACGGGGCGGGAAGGGGAGGGGAAGGAGAGUCUCAGGCUGUGGGACUCGGACUCGCAGAAUAAACACUUAUGUGGCUGUG